ACUGGUAUUGCAUUGUUGUAUGAUGAAGUAUCUGAAAAUGCUUAUGACAUCCGACUGAAGCUUACAAAAGAGGUAUUGACAAUUCAAAAACAAGAUGUCGUCUGUGUUAGUGGAAGUGAUCACAGUGCAAAUAACUGUUACACUUCGUAGACAACCAGUUGGUGGCUUGGGCUUAAGCAUAAAGGGUGGUGCUGAGCACAAAGUGCCUGUCGUCAUAUCAAAAAUAUUUAAAGACCAAGCAGCUGAACAAACAGGAAUGUUAUUUAUAGGAGAUGCAAUAAUACAGGUUAAUGGUAUAAAUGUAGAAAGUGCAACCCAUGAAGAAGUGGUACACCUACUGCGAAAUGCUGGCGAUGAAGUUACCAUCACCGUUCAGUACCUCAGGGAAGCUCCAUCAUUUUUAAAGCUCCCAUUAGGUUCCCCUGGACCAUCCAGUGAUCACAGCAGCGGAGCUUCAUCACCUCUCUUUGACAGUGGCUUACAUUUAAAUGGAAACUCAACUAACACG